AUGAGUUCAAGUGGCGGUGGUUCGGAAGGGGUUAUACAAAGGGGAAAGCUUAUAGUUCAUAUUGCCGAAAAUGGCCAUUCUUUUGAUCUCAAUUGUGACGAAUAUACCCUUGUUGAAGCUGUUCAAAGAGCCAAAAUGCGUACAAAUUCAACCCCACCACAACCAGUGCACCUCGAAGCACCUGAUCAUAUCCACCCAAACCCAGCAAAACCAUCAUCAUCAUCCCAUGAACCUCACCCAUUAGACGAAGCUUCAGAUCCUGCCCUAAAAGCAUUACCUUCAUAUGAAAUACAAUUCAGGUACCAUUAUCAGCUAGGAGACGCAAUUUACCGACGUACCCUUUUGAAAUAUGAAACCUGUGAGCGUCUUUCAAGGGAGCAAAGGGUACAAGAAAAGGCAUUGGAAAUUGCCAGGGGUAAUUUGGACCAUAUUUAUAAGAUGAUCCUCCAUAACUACAAUGAUUUUGUGAAACGUUAUUCGCAUCAGCAAAGGUCGCAUUCGAAUCUUUUGGUGAAUUUUUGGAGGGAUUUGGAGAGAUUAAGGAAUGUCAAACUUCAUCCUGCUUUACAGAGUGAUAAUCGCAGGUGUUUAUCAGAUUUUGUUAAGGAAGAAAGUUUGAGAAAAAUGGUGGAGGAUUGUGGUAAUUCUCACAGGCAGUUUGAGAUUAAAGUUGGUGAUUUUAAGCAAGAAUUUAGAGAGCUAAAGGGUAGUACUGAACUUUUGUUCUCUAGUGAAGCUUCUAUUAUUAAUAGAGAUCUGGAAAGAACUAUCAAGGAGCAUAGACAAUAUAUAAAUGAGCAGAAAAGCAUAAUGCAAGCUUUGAGCAAAGAUGUCGCCAUGGUAAAGAAGCUCGUAGAUGAAUGUUUGACCAGUCAACUCUCCAAUUCCCUCCGACCCCACGAUGCUGUGUCAGCAUUGGGCCUCAUGUACGAGGGCCAUGAAAAAAACCAUCUUCCAAAAAUGCAUUCAUGGCCCGCAUAUCGCGCGUGUCUUGCUGAAAUUGUAAGAAGAAAGGCAUCAAUGAAACUUUAUAUGGGAAUGGCUGGACAGCUGGCAGAAAGGCUUGCAAAUAAAAGGGAUUCUGAAGUUAGGAGACGUGAAGAAUUUAUUAAAAUUCAUAGUUUAUAUAUCCCGAGAGAUGUUUUAGCAUUAAUGGGGUUGUAUGAUAUGCCAAGUACAUGUGAUGUGAAUGUAGCCCCUUUUGAUGGGAAUUUACUAGAUCUUGAUAUUUCAGAUUUGGACCGUUUUGCCCCUGGGGAGUUAGGUGGGUUUUCUUUUAAAAGUUCUGUGGAUGGAAACGAAGAGUGCGAUGAAUCUGAGGACUUUAUUGGGAUUUCGGGGACAAGUAAAAUGGAAGUUGAGAAUGCAAAGUUGAAAGCUGAACUUGCUUCUUGUAUAGCCAUGCUUUGUUUUUACCCCAUGGAUGUAGAAGCUGAAUGUUGGGACGAGGGUAAAAUGGACAUUUUACUUAAAGAUGGGGCGGAAAAGACGGCUGAGGCGUUACGCUUGAAAGAUGAAUACGGGAAACAACUGGAAUCAAUUUUAAAAGAGAAACAAAUUCAGUUUGAGUUGUAUGAAAAACGGAUAAAGGAAUUGGAAGGAAGGUUAUCUGAUGAGUAUUUAUUAGAAGAAAAUAAACUCGAUAAAAAUGAUUCUUUCUCAAUUGGGAAAUCUGAGAUUUCAGGUGAUGGGGAAGCUCAUAUGGAUGAGGGUUCAUUUGGUUAUAAUUCAUCGGGAAUCUUGAAUCCUCAUUUGGAUUCAUCCAUGCGGGACCCACAUCGGGAUGCGAAUGAAAAAGACGUGAAAGAGGAACAGGCGCCAGACGUCGGGAUGCCAUUGGUUGGAAGUUCGACGGCUGACAACAUGGUACAACUUCCGAAAAGUGAGGGAGGUGAACAUGGGAAGAUUGGGGAUCGUGUAAUGGAAUUGCAGAAUCUUCUAGAAGAAAAGUCAAAUGAGUUGACUGAAGUCGAAGCUAAACUUCAGGCUGCAAUAGAGGAGGUAGGAAAGCUUGGUCGGGAUCUGGAAAUUAGCCGGAAGCUUCUAGAUGAAUCUCAGAUGAAUUGUGCACAUUUAGAGAAUUGUCUUCAUGAAGCACGAGAAGAGGCUCAAACUCAUCUUUGUGCAGCCGAUAGAAGAGCAUCCGAGUAUAACGCAUUGCGUGGGUCCACCUUAAAAGUUCGCAGCCUUUUCGAACGUCUUAAAACAUGUGUCUCUGCAGGUGGCAUAGCUGGUUUUGCUGACUCACUCAAUUCUUUAGCUCAAUCUCUUGCCACUUCUGCAAACGAAAAUGGGGAUGAUGGCACUGCUGAAUUCCGCGAAUGUGUUCACGUGCUCGCUAAAAAAGUCGGUAUUUUAACACGACAUCGAGCCGAGCUUAUUGACCAAUACACAAAAGCCGAGGCGUCUCAUGAACAGCUUACAAAAGAGUUGGAAGAAAAGAAAGAACUAGUCAACACUUUAUACAUCAAACACCAAUCCGAAAAACAGGCUAACAAGGAAAAGAUAUCUUUUGGGCGUUUAGAGCUCCAUGAAAUUGCUGCAUUUGUGCUCGAUAAAUCUGGUUACUACACGGCAAUAAACAGGAACUGUAAUCAUUACUAUCUUUCUCAAGAAUCAGCCGCCUUGUAUGCCGACAACAGCCGCCAGCAGCCCGCCUACAUUGUGGGACAGAUUGUGCAUAUUGAGAGACAAACUGUGAAGGAGGUUAAUAGUGGUGAUGGAAAUCCGUAUGGUUUAGCAGUUGGGUGUGAGUUUUUUGUUGUCACGGUGGCGAUGUUGCCGGAAACCGCCGUUCCCCCGCCACCUGCCGCUGCUUCCUGAUCUAAAAUGUCCGGUGGAGAUAUGAUGGAAGAAAUGUGAAAGAUGCGGGAGGAAGUGUAUAUAUAUACUGCUUGACUUGUUGAUGGAAUUUUUAUGUUUGAUCGCUUUCUCCCACUUAUUUGUAUAUAAAUUCUCUCUUUAUAUGAAAAACUUUGUAUAUAUUAUCUCUUGAUGCCGUUUAUUUCGUAACAUAAUGUUUUAUAACUUUAAAAGGCC